AUGUCGCCCUCCUCCGUCACAUCUACCUCUUCCUUCAUCUCGAGUUCUGACGAUGAUUCACUUAAAGGCAAAUCCGUUUCUCUCGGCGUGGGCGAAAACGAAGGUUCCGCGUACAGGGCAAUCGAGAUCACCCCAAACGAUACCGUGAUAGAGACCGAGGACCGUCACAGGCUCCCGGGAGUCCCCCUGUGCGAGGCGCGCAAGCUCAACGCUCUGAGAUCAAAGAAAGAAGAAGAGCAGGAAGGGAAGCAUGGGUUAUUAUCGAGUUCGCCACGUAGGGACGAGACGUCUCCGCACGUGGUUAUUGACGCGGCGAAAGGUAAAAUCAAACGAACAGCUGGCAUAAGUGGGGAGGAAGAUGAAACACAUACGAAUAUAGAACGUGCGCCAGCAUCAACCAAUCCAUUGUUUCCACCUUUGCCGGUUUACGGACCUGCUACGCCGCUGAGAAGAUUGCAGUGGUCUAUCGCAAAGUCAAUACCAGUCUUUGUAUCAAACGCAAUCAAAAAUUUAAAGGGAGUAGAUCCGGACGCAUCACGCCCAUUCAACGAAAUUGAAAAGGAACGCGCCGAGAAACGGCGGCUUGAAGAAGCGGUGUGGAGGAGCCAGAAGAAAAACUCACUAGACACCCUUGGCGAGGCUGAGAUCGGCGGGAGAGGAGCAAUGAAUAGACAGCGUACAGGCGGCAAGGAUAAGCUGUUAUGUGAUGUCGGAUACUAUGCUAGAAGAGUUGGACUCGAGCUUGAAGAGUUCCAGGUAGAAACAGAGGAUGGUUUUCUUAUUAACCUGCAACACAUAUUUGACCCCGAUGAUCCACCGUAUUAUCCUGGCGAGGUCGGCGAGGGCGGUGCAAGGGUAGGGAGAAAGAACGACCCCCGUAUGUGGGCAUGGAAUAUUAGGCAAAUGGGCAUUCUUGACCUCCCUGCAUUCAUCGAUCAUAUUCUAGCCCGUACGCACUUCAAGAAGCUAGGCCUCGUCUGCCACUCGCAGGGAACAACACAAACCUUUGUAGCUCUUGCCAAGCAACAACGUCCCGAUAUCGGCGAAAAGAUAACUGUAUUCUGUGCUCUCGCCCCUGCGGUCUACGCAGGCCCACUUAUUGACAAGUUCUACUUCAAGUUCAUGAAGAUCAUCCCGCCAAGUAUGUUCCGCAUAGUUUUUGGGAUACAUGCAUUCAUUCCGUUCAUGUUGACGAUGCACUCCACCGUUCCCGCGAGCAUCUACGGCGCUCUUGGCUAUCGUGUAUUUUGGUUCCUGUUUGGCUGGAGUGAUCGACUCUGGGACCGUGGGCUUCGUAGCCGUUUCUUCCAAUUUGCGCCUGUUUAUGUCUCGUCUGAGACACUUCGCUGGUGGUUGGGCGGAUUUGCUCGCCACAGGUGUAUUCUCUCUACUCACACUGAAGAAGAAGAAGAAGCUGCUCUUGAAGAAGCAGAAGAAGAACAGAAGCAUCAAUCCGCCCUUGCAAACGGGGAAAGACCUAACGACGAUGGAGGGGACGAACACUCUCCAGCGCCCUCUGCUUCUUCAUCAUCGUCCUCAGUCGGGGGCGGUGCGUGGUAUGAUUCGCGCUGCCCUCCAAUCGCACUUUGGAUAGCGGGCAGUGAUGACCUUGUUGAUGGAGCGAGGCUGCUGCGGAGAUUUGAUAAGGGUAAGGAGCCGGAUGUGAGGCUUGUUCACAGAUCCGUUAUUGAGGAAUACGAACAUCUCGAUGUCAUUUGGGCGGUAGAUGCGGUGGAGAAGGUUUUCAAAGGUGUUAAAGAGGUCAUUUGGGAAUGCGCAGAAGAGGAUGUGAAGGGAAGAGUAGUUGUGCCAAAAGGGUGUAGUCCAUGA